UGCCGGGUCAGGGUGGAAAGGCUUACACAGGCAGGGGAGGAAACAUGUCAUGAGGUGAUGACACAGCCAUAGAGACGUGUAUCCACAUCCUCGCUGACUCCCAACUUCGCUGCUCACCGCCGCCGCUGCUGCGUCCCACAGAGGAGAGAGGGAGCCAAAGAUAGCCUCCGUCCGUCCCCCCACCUCUCUCUCACUCUUCCUCUCUUUUUCACUUUGUUUGUGGAUGAUGGGAUUUUAAUCAUGUGGAAGACAGCUGAGCAGCUCUUCUGGAUUUCGCUGACACUGCGUCUGGUCCCGCCUGGCCUCCUCUGAGCAGGAUGGACACUCUGGAGUCAGAGCUGACCUGUCCAAUCUGUCUGGAGCUUUUUGAAGACCCACUUCUGCUCCCCUGCGCCCACAGCCUUUGCUUCGGCUGCGCCCACCGCAUCUUAGUCUCCCACUGCGCCACCAACGAAUCUGUUCAGAGCAUCGGCGCCUUUCAGUGCCCUACCUGUAGAUAUGUUAUUUCUCUGAGUCCUGAGCGUGGAUUAGAAGGCCUUAAGAGAAACGUAACCCUGCAGAACAUUAUUGAUCGAGUUCAGCGGGCUUCAUCCUCAGCCGGGCUGCCUCUACCGCUGCCCGCGCCCCACAGCGGGCCCAACUCUCCCACCGAGGAGGGAAGCAACCGGUUGGCACUGGUCCCCAUCAGCGCCGCCAUGUCCAGCCCAGGCACGCCUCCUGAACCGGUCCAGUGCCAGUUCUGCGAGCAGGACCCCCCGCAGGACGCCGUCAAGACGUGCGUGACGUGCGAGGUGUCGUACUGCGAGGAAUGCCUUCGAGCGACGCACCCCAACAAGAAGCCGUUCACGGGCCACCGGCUCAUUGAGCCCAUGCCGGACACCCACCUCAGGGGGCUCCAGUGUCUGGAGCACGAUGAGGAGAAGGUGAACAUGUACUGUGUCACUGACGAUCAGCUCAUCUGCUCGCUGUGCAAACUGGUCGGACGGCACAGGGACCACCAGGUGGCAGCACUAAGUGACCGCUAUGAAAAACUCAAGCAAGCGCUGGAUUCCAACCUGAGUAAUUUGAUCAAGAGGAACAACGAGCUGGAGUCACUUAUGGGGAAACUGAUCCAGACAUGUCAACAUGUCGAGGUGAACGCGUCGCGCCAGGAGGGCAAGCUCAUGGAGGAGUGCGACCUCCUGAUUGACAUCAUUCAGCAGAGGAGGCAGAUCAUUGGGAGCAAGAUCAAGGAGGGGAAGACACAGAGGCUUCGGAAGCUCGCCCAGCAGAUCUCAAACUGCAAGCAGUGCAUCGAGAGGUCCUCGGCGCUGAUCACGCAGGCCGACCAGACGCUGAAGGAGACCGACCACGCUCGCUUCCUGCAGACUGCCAAGAGCAUCAACGAGAGGGUUUCCAUGGCAACUGCGUCAACCCAAGUGCUGAUCCCUGAGAUACACCUAACGGACACAUUCGACACCGUCGCCCUUGACUUCACCAGAGAGAAGAAGCUUCUGGAGAGUCUGGAUUACCUCACAGCUCCGAAUGCUCCGUGCAUACGAGAGGAGUUGUGCACGGCUUCCUACGACACCAUCACCGUCCACUGGACGUCUGACGAUGAAUUCACAGUGGUGUCCUAUGAGCUCCAGUAUGCCAUCUUCACGGGACAGUCCAACAUCGCCAGUCUCUGCAACUCCCUGGAGAGCUGGAUGAUUGUUCCCAACAUCAAGCAGAACCACUACACGGUGCACGGCCUGCAGAGCGGCACCAAGUACAUCUUUGUUGUCAAGGCCAUUAACCAGGCGGGAAGCAGAAGCAGUGAACCAGGGACUCUGAAGACCAACAGCCAGCCUUUCAAGCUGGACCCCAAGUCUGCUCACAAGAAGCUGAAGGUGUCCCACGAUAACCUGACGGUGGAGCGGGACGAAACCACGUCCAAGAAGGGCCAUAGCCAGGAUCGCUUCUCCAGCCAGAGCAGCUAUGGCGUGGUGGGGAACGUCUAUAUUGACAGCGGGCGCCACUAUUGGGAGGCUCUAAUUGGAGGGAGCACAUGGUACGCGGUGGGCAUAGCCUACAAAUCCGCCCCCAAGCACGAGUGGAUCGGCAAAAACUCCUCCUCCUGGGUGCUCUGCCGCUGCAACAACUCCUGGGUGGUGCGCCACAACAGCAAGGAGCUGGCCAUCGAGCCCUCGCCCCACCUGCGACGCGUCGGCGUCCUGCUGGACUACGACGCCGGAUACGUCACCUUCUACGACGCCGUGGGCUCCCAGCACCUGCACACGUUUCACGUCACCUUCGUCCAGCCCGUGUGUCCCGUGUUCAACGUGUGGAAUAAGUGUCUGACCAUUCUCACCGGUCUACCCAUCCCCGACCACCUGGAGGGAGUGGAUCCCAACAACUGAAGGCUUUAGAUGGACAGAUGGAAAUAAAUCAGCAUAAACUGGCCUCAUUAUCCUAAAGCUGCACUGGGCAAGAUUUGUAGAAUUACUCGUGCUCCCAUUGAGAACAGAAGUGUCCAUUCCGCUUCAAUUCACUAGGAUCUGCUGCAUUUGAGCAAAUUAAAUCCCACUCGUGUGCGGUUUGGCACCCGGAGGCGGUGACAAAAGUACAUGAGUCAGAUAAUGACGACAGUCUCAAUCAGAAAUAAUCCCAACACUUGCUACUGUUGGUGUAAAGUUAACUAGUGCAGCUUUACAGUGCAAAGACAAGAAGAAGAAGACGAAACUCUCGAGGCGUUAUUUCACCUAACCCCCUCAAAAGUGGUUAUCAAUUGUUUACUAUGAUUUCUAACAGAAUAAGAUGCUGGUUCAUGUUGUAUUGACUCAAAAAGACUUGAUGGCAAUAAGCUGGAGUCAGUCCACAGGAAACAGGACAAAUGGACCUUGAUAGUACUCUAUGGCACUUUUGGGCUGCGAUGGGCGUAUUUGUACCAUGGCAACGAGGGAAAAAAAGCCACAAAUCAAUUUCUAAUUUUGCUUUUUUGUUGUUUUACACCCUUUUAUCAGAUAUAGCACUUUGAAAAUCCCUUAAAGUAUUCACACUAGAAACAUGCACAGAUUAACGCAAUCACAUUCCUUCUUUAUUCCAUCAUGGUUGCUAAAAAGAGCAGAACAGUGUAUAUUUUGUAAAACGCAUAGACUUCCCCCCUUAUCUCCCCCUUCCCAUUCAAAAAAAAGAACCAAAGCAGCCGUUGCUGUCUGUGCAGGUGUCUUUACAGAGAAUUCUACUCUUAAUAAAUGCUGAAUUAUUUUUAGAAAUGUUACAGAGAGGAAAUAGCAUUAUGCUAAUAUUGAAACAGAUGAUUCCUUUAAAUGUAGACCUUGUUUUUGCACAUUGUUCAUACUUUAUUCAUGGCUUCAUUCAAAUUGGGUGCAAUUUACAUGCGUUCAUAUUGGGAAAAUGUUGUGUUCUGUUUGAUUUAUUGUGUAAAUGUCUAUUUUGUUUUCAGGCAUCAUGGUUUUAUGUGAUGCAUAGUAUGUGAGUUUACAGUUGUAAAGUCCCGGGUUAUUACUGGAGAUAAGGGGUAAAAUGUACAAUUUCACUUUUGCCAACACUCCAGAACCAGGACUUUGCUUUUAAUAAAGAGUGUCUUCCCAUUUCAUUUUAAAUAAUACAUCUUACGUGUCAUUGUCACACUGAGGUCUUACAUCAUCAAAUCCACAUGCAGCACAUUGUUUAAAGGUAUUCAAAGUUCAGAUACUCUAUAAAAUACAACUUGUUCACUUUAUCAAAACAACACUUGGAGCUCUCCUUGGAUGUUAUGCAGAAUGGUAAUAGGAGGAAGAUGCACUCACUCUUUAUUUGGAAUCAUUGGCUGAAUCUUUCUUGUACUGUCCUGAAUUCCCUGCCAUUCAAAAAUGGACGACAUCAGAUUCAGCCACUGACGAUCUUUAGACCAAGAUCCUUACAACAAAACCCCCAAAGGGAUAUUGUCAAUUUUAAAUAAUAUAACUAUGUUUUGUUCUAUAUAUUAAAAUGUUUGAUUAUAGAGAAAUGAAGCUCCUCAGUGUAAAUACAAUUAUUUGGUUGUAUUUCCCAAUGUUGCUGAGUGAUGAGUAAUAAUAUGGAGGACAAAUCUCAUUCUUUAAUUCUGUGUUUCCUUGGCAAUAAAUUCAACUGUACGUUUCCUUGUAUCUGGUAUGCAUAUAUAGUGCUUAAUUUAAUGUUUCCAUUAUGAACAUGGUGUUAUAUGUUCCGUCUCUGUGGACAUCUCUGUGGAAAACAGGAUAUAAGUGCUUGCAUCACUGUCGUCUGACAUACUGUAAGUCUGAGAAGGUCAAAAAUAAAUGUUCCUUUUCACA